GCUGCCUUAGUUUAUGUGGACGAUCAAGUAGUUCGCGACGGAUGUAGACCAUUUAAUAGUUAUUUUUUGCGUUAAUAUAAUAUUUCUGAAGAAAAUAAUUGAAUAAACAAAGAAAAUGAUGGCCGUGGAACCAGCGGCUAGCAGCACCGCCUACUAUUACACUAAAGAUGACAUCGCAAACUUCAAGAUCAGAGUACGAUUGCGCGAGCUGAGUAGCGCUGAACUCAUCUCAGCGUCACCGCGGGCUACGGUCGGGCUGCUCAGCGCCUCCAAAGCUGAAGCCAGUCAAGACAAAGCUGAAGAGCAGGCGCUGCAGAAGCAACAGUUGUUUAGUGAGGAGGUCGUCUUGACGUGGCAGCAAAAAGUUGUUCGCCCCAACGCAAGCAUCGACGACGUGGCGAGCAGUAGUAAAGAUAACCGUCGCAAGAAGAGACCCGAGCGUCGGGUCUUUACCUUCACUCACAGAGACCCUUAUUGCCAGCACCUGCUGCAGUUGCCGGCCACCACCAGCCGCCGCCGCAACCGCGAGCUUCCUCACCAUGGCGGAUCCAGUGUGGGGGGAGACGAUGAUGAGAGAGAGGCACCUCCUCCUGAUCUCCCGCGAUCAUUCACCUACGUCAUCAUGGCCGACCUCCAGCCACGUGGCUGCGAGUUCGAGGAAGCAUCGAGCGUGACGUUGUGCUGCCUGAGGUACGACACUCGCGGGGAACUGGCCGUCACUCCAGACUUCUGCCACGCCGGUGAUCAUCCCUACAGAAUAGAAGGCCCGGACGGAACGAAUUUCGAGUACACUAUCGAGAAUGCCUCGCUCACUCGCCCUGAAAAGGAAGGUUCCAUCUCUGCAUUUUACCGACCUAAGUUGACCGCCGACGAGUGGUCGUCAGACGAUGACGAUGAGGGAGGGGGAGGCCUGCAGCUGACGGUGACAGGCGAGCUGACGCGCCUGCUAAACUGCGCAGUCAGCGGAGACGUGUACCUUUCCUACGCGGUCUACGUGCCGCCAGGCUGGACAGCGUCUCGAGAAACUGAGUGUGAGGGCGUGUCGGUGGUGUGUAGAACAAGACGCGGAUGGUCCGGCAAAACCCCUGGCGUGUACUGCAUGCCCCUCUCACUACGCUUUUUUACACACUCUACAGGGAACGGGUGGCCCGUUUUAUUGGUGGGCGCCUUCGCGGUGGACGGCGACGGCGGCGAGAUGGACGUUGGCUGGGCGACCAUCGACCUCGCACCGCCAGCAAGCCGGGGCGAAGUGAGUCAUGUCCCCAUGUGGUCUCCAGCUCCCGUAACCCCUUCGUCAGCCCUGCAAAGGACCUUCCUGACAGGCUGUCGUCUGCUGCCCUCCGCCUCCUACCUGGCCCCCUACACGGCGCGUCAUGAGAUAUCACGCGUGAGCCGCUUCGGUCUAGUGACCAACACGACGGGCACGCUGGAGUACAGACUGCAGACGUUGCUGCGCUCUAGCCUCGACCUGCCACACCCAGGGGCGUUGGUGUCUCAACUGCCGGGACGCAGCGAGGCCACCAAGCGAGCGCUUGCAGCCUUCAGAAAGUCCAGAAGAAAACUUCACCUCAUCACCGCGGGCAUCAAAACCAAGAAAUGAUCGCCACAAAUGUGUGGACAAAGGUAGAGGAGCACUUCAGACACGAAAUAGUUUAUAUCUAUACACUUCAUUUAAAGGGACAUGUAGUUUUGUACUCAUAACCACCCAAAAUAUUAAAAAAUAACUCGGUACUCACUGCAGUGAGUGACAGAGCGCA